AUGGCCGAUAUAAUGGAUGCAUCAGAUGUGGCUUUGGUUGUAAUUGGACCUAGUAGUAUUGAUCAGGCAAGGGCAUUUACUGAGCAAACAAAAUUCAAAGGAGAAGUUUAUGCCAACCCAACCCACUCGUCGUAUGAGGCUUUACACUUUGUCUCAGGGGUCUCAGGGGUUUCAACUAAAUUUACUCCUAAGUCAAGUCUUAAGAUAAUACAGUUAUACAUGGAAGGUUAUCAACAAGACUGGAAGCUUUCAUUUGAAAAGGACACCAUGACUAGAGGUGUCUGGCAACAAGGUGGAAUUAUAGUUGCAGGUCCUGGCAAAACUAACAUAUCAUACGUUCAUAAGGACAAAGAAACUAGGGAUGAUCCCGAUAUCAAAGAUAUUUUGAAAGCCUACUGUUCAUCAUGA